AUGCGCGCUGGCCGAUCAGGGUGGAGUGGUUCGGACUCUUCUGUCCGAACUGGAAAAUCAUCGCACAGGGUAGUCCUCGCCGGCUAUGCAAUCAAAAUGGAUGUUCUGAUGGAUUGCGACCCCCGGCUUCGUUGUCGCUUUUCCUCGGUGCUGCAGCUUGAAGACUACAGUGCCGAAGAAUUGGCGGAAAUCUGUGAGCAUACUGCUGAAGCUCGUUUUCAAGUAUCUUUCGUCCCUGGCCUACGCGAUGCUCUGGCUGCCUAUAUCCGAAAGCAGCAUGGAAAUGAGAUGUCGCGGCGCAACGGAGGACUUGCUGUCACUCUUGCAGAAAGAGCUUUCCACCGCUUUUCCACCCGCUUGGGCGACGCAAGCUCCCUGGCCUGCCGCCAAUUGCUUCCAGAGGAUUUCGUGAUUGCGAUGGAGGAUGAGCAGAAAAGAGUCACCACUCCACGAAAAAUGGCCAGAAAUAAAAAACGGCAAACGUCGCGGAAAAUGUCGAAGCCUGGGCAGACAUCAUUGGCGCUUCUUCCAGCCCGCCUGGAUGUUCUCGCCAAGCUGCGUGUGCUGUGCCGCCUCGGCGAAUCACGACACCCUGAGGCGGCACCCAAGCUGCCGCUGUGCGACGACAAUGCAUCAGGUGCAGAGGAUUCGACGAUGGAGUGCUGUGCCGUGUGA